GCGAUGGCGGUCGUUCGUCAUCAUCAUCUUCUUCAUCAUCGUCUUCUCCAAAAGAUCUCUCUUCAAUUCCUCAUUACUCUUCCUCCAUUAAUGCACAUAUAACGCAACCUACAAACUGAUACACAACAGCGGCGAAAGGAGAUUCACGUUCCUCACUUUUCUCGAUUCGUUAUUAGGGUUCUGUUCUAUUCGUUGUGUACUCCAUCCUGUUCUUUACUGUCCACCAACAAUCGUUAUCUCCAGACUGUAGGAUCUAGGGAGGAUCCUUGCGUUUUCCAUUUUCAAAAUAUAUAUAUAUAUAUACUGUAAUACAAAGUUUUUGAACCCUGAUCAGCAACAUCCAUCAAAACAGGCUGCUUUAUUAAUUAAUGGGCAGUCCUUCUGCAACUACUGGGUCAGUCCCAAGCCCUACAGAUGAAACACCUCGCGUUAAAUUUCUCUGUAGUUUUCUGGGUAGCAUACUGCCUCGUCCUCAAGAUGGGAAACUGAGGUAUGUUGGUGGUGAAACACGAAUAGUGAGUGUUUCACGUGAUAUUAGUUAUGAAGAGCUUAUGAUCAAAUUGAGAGAGCUUUAUGAAGGGGCAGGUGUAUUGAAAUAUCAACAACCAGAUGAGGAUCUGGAUGCUUUAGUUUCAGUUGUGAAUGAUGAUGAUGUAAUCAAUAUGAUGGAAGAGUAUGAUAAGUUGGGGUUUGGCGAUGGUUUCACUAGAUUAAGGAUUUUUCUAUUUUCUCACCCUGAACAAGAGGCUUCUUCACAAUUUAUGGAAAUAGAUGAUAGGGAUACUGAGAGGAGAUAUGUUGAUGCUUUAAAUAGUCAUAGUGAGUCGCCGGAGUUUAGAGCUAAUCACCUUUCUGAAACACCUGUAACCCUUUCAUUAGAGGAUGUAUAUGCUUCUGAUCAAUACUAUGGUCAGGUGAAUUUCGACAAUGGAAUCCCGAACCAUAGGAAUAAUUAUGAUCUUCCGCUCCAGCAAUUUAACUUGCACCAUUUGAGAGUUCCUCAUCUGAAUUCUGCCCAGCAUCAGCAGCCACCUCCUCAGAGGUAUAACAACGAAUUUGAUGGUAAUAGGAGUCCUGCGUACCACUCUCCAAGGCAUGCGGUUGAUUAUCCAAAUUCACCUUCAUCAACCCUUUAUCGCCCACAAUACCCAGAAUUUCCUGAGAAAACUUCUGAAGAAUAUGGUUGGCAGCAGCAGCAAAUGAACCAUAUAUCUCCCUAUGAACAACAACAGCUAAGAUUCUCUGAUAAUAUGGCCUGGUAUCCUUCUGGAGGCUUGCCAAAUGGUGUACCCUGUUUUCCUGGCAAUAUUCUUGAUGGAACCAAUCGAAAUCAAGCCUAUCAUGACCAACAACUACCAAUUGAGCAGCCUCACAUGGCAAAUGGUCAACCAGGGUCUUCUUACAUUCCAAAUUCAGAAGCAAACUAUCACCAUGGGUUGUAUUCUAGAGAACAGAAUGACCAUCGUGUCCCUUUCAAUGAUACGCAUAAUCGUGCAAGAGGAUGGAAUAUGCAGCAUAUCGCGAUUCCUCAAACUGAGGAACCUAGAUCAACUAUUGCUUUAGAUGGAAUGCAACAUGACCAUCAUGGAGUUCUAUCGGACGGUCAUCAUUUGAAUCCGACAUAUGUUCAUAACGAGGAUCCUCGAUACAUCAGAUCUGGACCUGAACAGGGGAAUAGGUAUGGUAACGUUCCUUAUUCUCGUGGAGCAGAUGGUUUUGUUCGGUUGCCACAUGGACAAAGUAAUGAUCCAAUACACAAUGUUCUCUCUUACGAAGCAUCAACUUCUGGUCAACUAUCAAAUGGUAUGCCUGGUCCAGGAUUUAUUAUGAGCAAUGUGGAGAGUAAUAAUCCUAGGAUGUUAAUGGGAAUGGACAAUCAAAACCCUUGUCAGGCGCCAUAUUUCAUUCCACCUACUCAUAAUCAAGAGAGACAAUACAUGAUUGGUCAUGGAGUUCGUCAGUCUUGUGAUAUGCUAAAUCAUUCUUCUCAUGUGGAACCUGUGCAGUUAUCAAAUUUAGCGUCGAGUUCAAGUAACAAUAAAUUUGUCCCACCUACGUUGCCUCAUUUGGGAUCAAGAAAAGACACUACUGUUGGUGAAAAUAUUGAGAAUGAAUUAGAUCAAAAUAAGACCGCUAAUGAGUGCAGUGGCCCUGUGAUGCAGGUCAAGGAGGCUGCACUGGAAUGCCAUGACAGUGUAAAAGGAAAAGCUGAAGGAAAUGGCAAUUAUGAGGACUCUGAUACAGUAGCAGCAAAAGAGGAAAUAGGAUUGAAUAAAUCUAAUACCCUUCGUUGUGCAGAAGGAAAGGAAGAAAAUGGAAUUCGAUCAGAGGCUAUAGAUGCACCUCCUGACAUAGAGGUGGAUUCAGACAAUGAGUGUUCAGGAGAAUCCAAAAUAGAGCCAACCAAGGCUGAGGAGGAAGCUAUUGCUAGGGGAUUACAGACAAUUAGAAAUGAUGAUUUGGAGGAGGUCAAGGAAUUAGGCUCAGGUACCUAUGGUGCUGUUUUUCAUGGAAAAUGGAAGGGUUCUGAUGUGGCAAUCAAAAGGAUCAAAGCAAGUUGCUUUGCUGGGAGACCUUCUGAAAGAGAACGAUUGAUAGCAGAUUUUUGGAAAGAGGCUUUGAUAUUAAGCUCUUUACAUCACCCAAAUGUAGUUUCUUUUUAUGGAAUAGUGCGCGAUGGUCCUGAUGGGUCAUUAGCAACUGUGACGGAAUUCAUGAUUAAUGGGUCCCUGAAACAAUUUAUCCACAAAAAGGACAGGACAAUUGACCGUCGAAAGAGGCUCAUAAUAGCUAUGGAUGCUGCUUUUGGAAUGGAGUAUUUGCAUGGAAAGAACAUUGUCCAUUUUGAUUUGAAAUGUGAGAAUUUGUUAGUGAACAUGAGAGACCCACAUAGACCGGUUUGCAAGAUUGGUGAUCUUGGAUUGUCAAAAGUAAAGCAACAUACGUUAGUGUCUGGGGGUGUUCGUGGAACUUUACCAUGGAUGGCACCUGAGCUUCUUAGUGGAAAAAGUAACAUGGUUUCAGAUAAGAUCGAUGUGUAUUCAUUUGGGAUUGUAAUGUGGGAAUUACUAACCGGAGAAGAGCCUUAUGCCGAUAUGCAUUGUGCUUCUCUCAUAGCCGGGAUUGUGAACAACACAUUACGUCCAACUAUUCCAACUUGGUGCGAUCCAGAAUGGAAGUCUUUGAUGGAAGGUUGUUGGGCAUGUGAUCCGACUGAGAGACCUUCUUUCACUGAAAUCUCGAGGAAGUUAAGAACUAUGGCUGCAGCAAUCAAUGUCAAAUGAAAACUACUUAAACAUUAUCCCCGCCUCCUUUAUGUCUAGAAUCAGAAUUCCUGAACCCUGCAAAAUAUAAAUGACAGAUGAUUUUUAUUUUUUUCCACAUUUUUUUUUCUUUUGUCCAUCCUGUUGGUUGGAAAUACAUAUAUAUAUAUAUUAGGAAAUAAUAUUCCUACUAUAUAAUAUGUGCCUUAAAGGACUUUCUUUGGAAUAUAGUUCUUCUUCUUCUUCCUCCUCAAGGAGACCUGCAUAUUAGGUAACCAUUUUAGCAUCAGAUUGUUUACUUGUUCUUUUUCUGUCAUUUUUUUUCUAAUGAUUUUUGUACACAGGGUUGGGUCAAUUUCUUGUUUCUGGAGCCGAAGCUGUUGGUGUAUAUAUAUAUAAGCUAGCUGGCUGGACGUCGUAGUAGAAAUAAAAUAAAACCUUAGGUUUUCGAGGGUGGUGGUAUAUAAUCCUGAUGCAGCUAUUUAUUUAAAGAAGUUAUUUAUUCAUUCUCCUAUUGUUUCCUUUUGGACUAUCAAUGUAUGUGUGUUUGGUGACCUGCUCAAGUUGAAUAAUCCAUUUAAAUAAAAGACAAUCUUUGUAAGA